AGUUCAGAAGCAGGGUUCCGUGCUGUUAGAGAGUGUAGUGUGAAUAUAUGGAGUUGUUAAGUCUUUAUAAGAUUCUCUGGCUUCAAGAAAGGUGUAAAAAAUGAAAUCUUCAAACUAACCGCCAGCAAGAGUAUCGAACUGGGAUAGUUGAUUCUUCAACGAGUCCCACAAGUCCGAAAAAUUAUACAGCAGAAGUACUAGUUCUAGUACAUCAUCAACGACAAGAACAUCUUCUACAAACCUGAACAUAAAAAUUUUCGACCAGCAACGAGGUCACCUAAAAAAACGAAGGAUUGUAAGGAAUAUCGAUGAAGAUGCAAGAGCAAAUGAAUUUGGCGAGACCGCUAAAAAUGCGAUCAUCAACUAGUGUCGCGACAAAAAUGAACAAGCUUUCGCGGAGUUUGGUACACGUUUGGUGCGCCACUGUCUUGUGUGCUUCAACAACAAGUGUCUGUGGUGCAUUUGCGCUGUUGAAGAGUGGGAAGUUUGAUGAAGCCCGUCGUCGUCCGCCGUCGUCCUCUCUGCUCCAAACAACAGACCACAUUGCGACACACACGUGGCAGUGUGGAGAACGCGCCAUUCAUCAAAAUGAAGGCGUACUAAACAACAGAAAGGUUUCCGACGACCGUCAGGAAAAUAAGUUUAAGUCGCAACUCUCUGGCACUGCUACAGACGAAGACGAUGUGGAUGCAGGAGAUGACUCCAUCAGAGUUGCACGCCCACAAGUAGAUGCUGGGAGCGAGGACGUAGUGGUGGAUCCUCCUCCUCAGCCCUUUAACAAGGAUCUCGCUGAACUGGGAGUGCCGGGACUUUUUCCCACAAUCGGAUCGGUGAAUCACCCGCAUGGUUGUGCUGAUCCUUGCAAAUAUGCUAGGAAAGGUACUACAUUCUUUCUUUACCUUCAACUCUAGUAACCAACAGAGGGUUUGACUUGUAUCCUUUCUUACUUACGUUGGGUGCACGGUAUCUAUAAGUAAUAGUAAUCAUGAUGUGGCCAAUCACAAAAGAAAAAACAUCAUAUCAUGGUGCCUGAUUGUUCAGUGAUGAGUUACUGUUUGGUCCAAACUACAAUUUGUAAUUUCAUGUUUUUCGGUUUCAUUACGUUGCACGCCGGAGAUCAUUUUGUGUUCACUUACAACAUCAUCGUGAACAGAUGAAUAAAAUAGGUAAGAUGUUGACCUCUCAGUUUCAUCUUGAUGUGAGUGUUUUCUUUGCACCACUAUAUCAGCGCGUGGUUGCAAGGAUGGUGCUCGGUGUGACCGUUGUCAUUUGUGUAGUCCUGCAAAGCAAUCCAGAGCUCCUCGCCGGAAAAAUAAUUCGAGUCCUCUUCAAGUGGUUGAAGCCUUCCAGAGUCAGCUAAAAAUAGAGGAGAGCACCACAUCAAAGAAGCCAACGCCGGAGGUGGCAGCUAUUAUGCAAGGACAACAAGCCACUGUUGCCGUUUGUUCAAGAGAACAACAGCAAUUGUCGAUUCGGGGUGAGAAGGAGGACAAGGCGCCAGGGCGAGCCCUAGGGAAAACGUCGCGUGAUGAGCUGGUCGAAACCAGUAUUGUCCGAGGAGGUAAAUCGUUGGGGAGCGUCACGGCAGGCGGCCAGGAACAGGAGGAGACCUCGGGAAAGAAAGUAGAACUACCAGCAAAGCGUGGCCCUCUUUGGAGGUCCCCGAAGUUGCAGCCGGUGGAGGUAAAGCCAGCAAUCGUAGAACAACGUCAGUAUCCGGAACAAGCACUUCUGAGCAGGCAACAGAGGGUCGAGGAUGCAUACCAGGUGGGAACGUCAAACGCCUCGUCCGUGAACAAGGAAAAAACAGGAGUUCCUGAUCAUCAACAUGCUGCUGUGGCACUAGGCUGGAGAAGCUUGAUGAACAGGGCGCGAACGCCCACUGACAAUACUAUUUCGGCGAACCUUCAGCCGUCUAUAAGAAGCUCACCCACUAAGAGCUCGUCGUCUAAGGUGUCGACGUUCUCCGCGGGAACCCUCGCAGGACCACCUCCGCUUCGUCUCCCCCCUGGUGCACUUGCUCAGCCAGAGAGGGGGUGUGACGUAGAUGAAGAAGAGAGCGCUUACGACGUUGAGGACAAGAAAGUCAACAUUGCUACUGGCUCUAAUUGGAGUGGAUCAGACCAAUCACAACCACAAGUGGACGGAGCUUCAGCUCCAACACCUGGAGGCGCGUCUCCACGCAAAAGAGCGACCAGGCGCGGGCGUCGUGGUAAGAAGGGAGGCAAAAACGACAAUUAUGUGCCGUACAAUGCGCAUUCAUCUUCUACCGCGGGUUAUUAUUUGUACAAUCGGAAUUAUGGUAUGGAACAAAUGGAUAUGGUACAAGGAGAAGGACGGCGAAAGCAAGAACAAGGAGGUGAAACGUCAAUGAAAAAACAGAAACACAGCAAACAAGGACCUGCUUCACUACAACGCGCUGUGUUGCAAAAACAAGAAUUUAUGGGAGAAAGCGCUGUCGCGGAAUACAAUGAUCCUCGUACAACUACAACUGCACCAGGAGAUCAAGCUUGCCAGAAAGAAGUGCACGUGCAAGGGGACCGGGGCGAUGAAGCUGCAUCGUCUAAAAUUACAAAAAUUACUACAUUGCCAGUCGAAGUCGAUCCGGAUAAAAGGUUUGAGGGUGAUGCUCCUCGUGCUCAUGGCGUGUACACGACUGACAAGGAUGAGGAAACCGAGACAGGAGACGAACUCUUUUGGGAUGAUCGAGCCACCGACGAACUAAAAUCAAUCUGGCGGGCUGAGGGUUGGGCAGGUGAACGUGUUCAAGGCAUUGUUAAUUUGGUGUAUGGCAACUGGCAUUGAUGAUGUCCUUGUUUUUCAAUAGUUUCUGAUGACAGGAAAAACAAAAAAUGAUCAUGUUUUCCUUUGUCCUGAUUCUUCCGAUGUCCUCUUACUGUAUUUGUUAUUGAAGCGUGAUAGAAGGAGACGAGGUGUCACCUGUCGCUGGAGGGCGUCGAGGGUAAGGAUAAUUUCACUGACGAAAGUGUCAUGAUUUGUUGAAUGAGUCAUUUUUUCUAUCCUGAAAUUGCGUUCAUGGAAUGAAUCGGGGUUGUCACGAUCCAAGGAACGGACGAAGCGCGGUCUUGCCAUGUACUCCGGGAGGUGCAGAACGGCAGCAAGAGCAGACGGCUGCACCAGCACAAUGUGUGGACCAGUUGAACGGUAUCGAACUCGAUGCAGCUUACGUGAGCUCUUGUAGCGAUGAAGAGUUGUUGGAGUUGGCGCGAAAAUACUCCGAGAAAUGUUAUACUGUUGCAGUGCAUUCAGAUUCACCCGAAUCGACGGCCUGGUCCCCGAACGCGCGACUGAUAGCCGAAGAGGGUUCGCGUCGUCCAUCUAUUGGACAAACACGGAACAAUGCGCCCCUGGUGUCCGACGAAGGUGAACUUCUUCGGCUCCAGGAACGCGAGCGUGACGAUAUCAUGGCGCGAAUUCGUGAUGAGGAAGGUGUGCGAACGUUAAGACCUUCCCCACGAGUCCAUCUUCCCGAACAUCUUCGGACACCGUAGAUGAAGGAAAAACACUUUAUUUGCCGGAGGCGUCUAACAAGAUGAACUCUGUUUUAUUUGAGCUCUAAAAUCACCCGAGCCCGAGUGCAUCUAUGUCGCUCCGGCAGACCGCACGAGCACCACCAUAAGUGCCCCUAGCGCACAACAACAACCGUCCGUGGCCACCUGGAUGUGUUGGAGUCAGGUGACCGGUCAAGUGUUUUGCCCGGUUCAGACAGCGCCAUCUGGCAUGGAGUCACUGCCGCACCAGGUACCAGCUGCCCCAUGGGUCGCAAACCACGGCUGGCCGACGCCGACUUCGCCACAGUUCACUGCUGCUUUUACGGUCGUUAGCUUUCCAAUGUUGCAUCAAGCAACAAAUGACAAGUCCCUAUAGAUACUUGGUACCCGAGAUGAAGCCCGAUGGGCUGUUCAAUUUUACGGGUUGUUCGUUUGAAUCCGCAGUUUAUUGAUAUGAGUGAGAACAUGAACUAUCAUUUAACAAGUAACUUGGUCUAGGUCUUCUAAUACUAGUUCUCAGGAUGCAGCCGCUUUUCCCUCUUAUGCGGAUGCGAUGAAGGUGCCGGUGCCUAGGCGGGUGGUGGAAAGGUUUCCGAGGAGUUCUGGUGACAGCUUCCAUCUCUGCAGUGGGCCAAAGCGACAACCGCUGCCGGACAUCUUUAUGUCGAGUGCUGUUCCGUCGUCGCUCUCGCCGGGGCAGGAUGCCGCCGUCUGCGAAAUCUGGGCAAAACCGGAAGACAAUCAUGGCGCAUUAGCGGCAACAGGGCAUGACGUUGCCGGAGCAACAGCGGUAGUAGGCACUACCCCGUUUUACGCGGGAGGCGUUCAACACGGUUCUUUUGCCUCCACCGAUUUUUCAGGCGAUGCGUCUUCUACUCGCCUGUGGCCUGACUUUGCCCCCGGAGAUGAAGCCGGGGUGUAUCCUUCGAAUCCGAAAUUCUACCGCGAGGGCGUGGCAUCGAGCUUCUAUUUGGGUAGCGAAAGUGGACAGACCAGGUCCCCGAGUGCCCCGCAGCCGGGAGGUGGGAACAGUGCGGACGCUGAGGUGGCACAUCAAGAGCCACAGGCGUCUGGUUCUUUUGCAGCCAAUCUCCCUUUCGUAGACCACGAAGUUGGCGGGCAGCGCAUGAAUGCUGCUCCUGGCGCCGCGUCGUCGUAUGCUGGAGGAGCCACCGAAGGGCCACAGCCUGGAACAAAGGCGAUGAAGGAACAAGCUUUACCACAGGCUCUUCAUCGCGAUUGGAUACCCACUUUUGGCGCAACCGGCAGCAGGGACAUCGGAAAACCUUUCAUUGCAAGUGAAAAAGAUGAAUAUGGUAACAACCACAAUUUUCCACUGGUUUCGCUACUUAAAUAUAUUGAUUCUACGUAAGGGGUUUCCGUCUUGUUGUUGAUUUACUUUUCUAUCCAAAUCCAAGUUGUAUUUUCUAUGCAACCCUGGAAAUAUCAAAUAAUGUUAAUACUGCUGCUUUCUAACACGAUGCUGCUUCUGCUAAUUAAUGUCAUGACUCAGUUUCAGUGCUACUGAAUGGUCGGGACAAUAUUUAUAUUUUCAAUUAUCAUCAUGAUCAUGUAGAGUAUAGUUCAUCUUCAGUCUUGGUCGGCCUUUCUCCUCCAGUCAAAACUUAGUUAAGAGAGAAAGUUGGAAGUGAGUGCAUUAAUUUGAUAUCCGAGAAGUUAUUAGACUAUCGUGCUUGAUUGACGCACCUAAAAUCUAGCAACUUUCAUCUUUCUUCUUAUUUCACACUCCAACAUCAGUUGCGCGGCAUGGGCAUGUUGCGCAUUUUCCAUCGGAAUAUUUCGCGUGCGUCGCCGGAAGUGGAAUUCGCGAGCGUGAGCAAAGCUUGACGGACGAUUUUACGAAUCAAGGGUAUUAAAAGAUAUUUGUUCGCGUUUGGGUUUCUUUAGAUUCAGCAUGUGCAUGAUACAAAUACGUUGCCCUCCAUUGCCUAUUGCUAUGAGUGAUUUUUUAUCGUGUUCUCACAACCAUUACAGGGCUGCCGAUGCUGCAGUCGCGAUACGCGGAGGUGAUAAAGGAGAGUUCAAGCGCCUUCUAGAUUCUCGUCGCACGGAUAAUGUUUACAGCAUGCAACACGUAACACCGAGUGCCUUAUCUGCACAGCCCACGUUCUUACGACUCUUUUGUGGUUGUCACCAUCAAUAAUUUUCUAGCAACCUCUCGAUGGUUGAUAAUACUACUGAGCUUUAUCUCCAGUGAAAGAAUGCUAAUGCGUGCCUCAAUCGUACCUUUUCAACAUCAUCAUCGUCCAACAAGAGACCCAUUCAGUGCGAUUCGACUGUAGAAGAAUGACGGAAAUAGAGAAGCUCGGACGUCGUAGUGUUUAGUAAUUUAUAGCGUGCGCCGUAAUCCGCAGAUAAGACUGCGUAGUUCAUCUUGGAUCAGAGAGUGACAAAUUCCUCUUCUAAACACGACGUUGCUAUCAGCAGGAAGUAGUGGAGCAUCAGCUGCAGGAGCCUAUUCGGAUUCUCCCUCGCGCGUGUCCCGCGCUCGCGGGUCAAAUGAGGUGGACGGAUAUGCAUCCGACAACACCGAAGCUCCCCUAGUUGUUCAUUUCCCUGGCGUCGGACGUCCGUUGGGGUUUGAACGACACGAAGAUCUUGACCAGUUCUUCGCUGCUCCUUCACAACCACAAGACAGCGCUAGUACACUGGCAAAUAAACAAUACAAAGAUAUGGCGACAUCGUCCGCCGGACCAGCCGGUUGGUCAGGCACCAUGCGCGUCACCUCGUCGGGAUCACAUCUCGAAGCUGAAGCUCAACGCCCAUGGUCGCAUCAGGACUAUAAUGCAUCGAAAUCCAGAAGUCAACCAGCUGCGGCUGGUCGCCGCAGGCAGCGCAAGAAGAGGACUCGUGGGGACCGGGAGCAGCGAGGUGAAGAUAGUGGCAGUGCAACUCCGGUCGAGGAUUACUCGUGGAUACGUCCAGGCCAAGAACCUGAAUCGCAACCACUCCAGAAUGCGCAAUGAGGACUAGUUGGCCUUGGUAGUGCAAAUAAGAGAAGAAGUGAACAUUACUAAGUAAGUAGGCAUUUUUUCUAAUUCUAAGUAAAAAAUAUAACUCUGCUGUGAGGUACGCGUCCCCUAGAGAGUUGGGAGAAAAACUUAUGGUAAUACUAGCCGGUUUUGUUACUAAAGACAGGAGGACUUUUUUUUUGAAGAUGUUUCUGGGUAUAAUGCCGUAGUUCAUCAUGGUUAUAAAAUAUUAUAAUCAGAGUAGUUUGUAGUACGCAUGGAGUAGCAUGGGGUGCAUGGAGCAGACGCAGCAUCGCCACGCAUGGAGUGCAUGGGGCACGAACAAGCCCCCGGCCCACCCGGGGGUGGGUGGGUCGGGGUCGGUUGAUCGGCUAGACUGAUGCCGCGGGAGCGCUGCCUUGUGUGUAGUGCGGGGGCAUGAUGUAACUGGCGGCGCUGGAGCAUGCUGAUUUGUUGCGCGCCCCAAGGCCCCGGCCCGCGAGUGAGUUUGCUUGGAGAUGUAGCAGUUGGCUCGGGUGCUGGCGGUCUGGAUGCUUGACGUUCACGCCCGGGGUGCCGAGCUGUAGGCGUGUGGGCUCUGACGAAGGGCCGCCCGGAGGGCGCAUCGAAAACAUUUUCACGCAUGGAACGCAUGGAGCACCUGCUCCAUGCGAUCCAUGCACUCCAUGCCCUGCGAGCUGCCGAACCUUAUAAG